ACAAAGCUACUUCCUUUCCUUUCCGAGCUGGAGCAGAGCAGCCGCCAUGAGUAUGCUCAGACUUCAAAAGAGGCUCGCUUCCAGCGUGCUGCGCUGUGGCAAGAAGAAAGUAUGGCUGGAUCCAAAUGAAACCAAUGAGAUUGCCAAUGCCAACUCCCGUCAGCAGAUCAGGAAGCUGGUUAAGGAUGGUUUGAUUAUCCGUAAACCAGUGACUGUCCACUCCCGUGCCCGUUGCCGCAAGAACACCCUUGCACGUAGAAAGGGCAGACACAUGGGCAUUGGUAAGAGAAAGGGUACUGCUAACGCUCGUAUGCCUGAGAAGCUGUCCUGGAUGAGGAGGAUGAGAAUUCUUCGCCGCCUGCUCCGUCGUUACCGUGAGUCCAAGAAGAUCGACAGGCACAUGUACCACAGCCUCUACCUGAAGGUUAAGGGUAAUGUGUUUAAGAACAAGCGUAUUCUCAUGGAGCACAUCCACAAACUGAAGGCAGACAAAGCUCGCAAGAAGCUGUUGGCUGACCAGGCAGAAGCUCGCAGAUCCAAGACAAAGGAGGCAAGGAAGCGCCGUGAGGAAAGACUUCAGGCCAAGAAAGAGGAGAUAAUCAAGACACUCUCAAAGGAGGAGGAGUCCAGCAAGAAAUAGUUACCCUGUAACAUGUGUAUAUAGAGUACUGCCCUGUGCAAGCUCAAUAAACCAUCCUCAACCCUC